AAUGCUUUAAAUGACUCUUCUUAUUUUAUUACUGAACUUCAACCCUAAUUCUUUCUCGUAUAUGCUUUCCCAUUUGAAAAAUGAAAAAAAUCUUGCUAGUGCUAGGUUUAAUGGCAUCAUCAAGAAUUCCUUUUAGUUUUCUUCUUGAUAAACCCGGAAAUUUAUUUGUGAUUGGGUUGCUUUAGAUUUUAUUUUUAGGAAGCAUUGUAUACUUUGUUUUUUUAAACUAUAACUUUACCACUAUGCCUUGGUAAGUUUUCCCCUUUUCGAAAUUGGAAAUUAUUGAAUUUCUUCCUUAAAAAAAAUGCAACAUUAAAUAAGUUGCCUCCGUUUCGCAUUUCUUAGCCUUCCAGCAGUUUCUAAGGAGCCAAUCACCAAAACUUGCUCAAAUCCAAUCACUGAAAUCCUCGCAAUGAGUUUUACUGCCUUCUAAGUGCGCCAACGUAGUUGCCACAGUAGUUCAUUAACUUCAUCAAACCCCAAAUUCCAUUUUCGUCAUAUGACGUCACUGCCUCCCUCCCUCUCCCACCAUAAAUCCAGUCAACCCUCCCCCGCUCCGCUUUCUCAUCCAUGAACAUGGAAGAGGACUUCAACGAAGCUGACGUUCUCUGGCCGGACACUGCCACCCGCGACGCCGCCGACCGCAACGAGUCUCCAGACUCUCCACCACCAUCCAGAGCACGGAGGACCCCGCCACCCCCGGGCCCGCGCGUAAUGGUGUCGUCGUGCCCUGUCAACAUCCCCGCUCCGAGCCGGAGAUCUUCCGAACUCGGCCAUGCCUCUGACGACGACGAUUAUCCUCCGCACGUGAUGGUGGAGAUGAGGGAUGCCGCGACGUCGCUGACGACGCCGGGGUCGACCGUCAGGAGGGAGAAGGGGCGACGGCUUUGCCGUGUGAGGAACCUGGUGCUGCAGAUGACCGGAUUCAUCGAGAGAUGACGGCGCGACACUGUCGUUCCCAUACUUUCCUUUUGGGUCAAUAAGGCAGAAUUUUUCAUGACUUGGCUUUUUCCCCCCUUUUUCAUGAUUAU